AUGGCCGGCGAGGUCAUCACCACCAUCUCCCCCACGACCAACAAGCCGAUCCUCACCCGGCACGGCCUGUCGGCGCAAGAAAUCCUCCAACUCGGCACGACGGCCCAAGCGGCGUUCAAGGCAUUCCGCAAAUCCCACGCCUCCCUGUCCAGCCGACAACAGAUCAUCGCAAAAGCACUGAACCUCGUGCUCGAAAAGCAAGAUGUGCUCGCGCGCGAACUGACGGAGCAAAUGGGCCGGCCCAUCGCGUACACGGCCAAGGAAAUCACCACGGCGGUCAAACGAGCAGAGUACAUGAACAGCAUUGCGCCGGAGGUUCUGGAGCGAGACGCCACCAUUCCGGGCCAACCGGAGGAAGGGUUCAAGCGAUACGUCACGCGGCGAGACCCCGUCGGCGUGGUGCUGGUCAUCUUCGCGUGGAACUACCCGUACCUGAUCCUGGUGAACAGCCUGAUCCCCGCGCUGCUGGCGGGAUGCAGCGUCAUCCUGAAACCGAGCCCGCAGACGCCCUCGAUCGUCGAACACGUCGUCGACAUGUUCGCCCAGGCGGGCCUCCCCCGCGACGUCAUCCAGUAUCUGCACUGCGGCAACCCGCUGGACCUCCAGCCCCUGAUCCAGUCCGAGGACGUCAACCACAUCUGCUUCACCGGCAGUGUCGCCGCGGGCGUCGCGAUCCAGACGCUCGCCGCGGCGCGGGUGUCCUGUUCGGUCGGGCUCGAGCUCGGGGGCAAAGACCCCGCGUACGUGCGGCGGGACGUGGACGUCGCGUGGGCGGCCGAGGAGAUCGUCGACGGCGCCAUCUUCAACUCUGGCCAGUCGUGCUGCGCCAUCGAGCGCGUCUACGUGCACGAAGAUGUGUAUGACGCGUUCGUCGACGCCGCCCGCACCGUCCUCGCGGGCUAUCGGCUCGGCGAUCCGCUGGACAAGACCACACAGCUCGGCCCCGUGGUCUCGCGGCGCGCCGUGGAAGCUAUCCGCCAACAAGUCGCCGAUGCGGUGGCCAAGGGCGCCAAGGACGAGACUCCGCGCGUCGAGUCCUUUGUUUCGCCGAGGGGCCCGAGCGAGGGGAAUUGGGUCGCUCCUACGCUGUUGACCAACGUCGAUCACAGUAUGGCUGUCAUGCGUGAGGAGACGUUCGGUCCCAUCAUCCCCGUGCAAAAGGUCGGUUCGGACGACGAGGCCAUCGCGCUCAUGAACGAUAGUCACUUCGGCCUUACGGCGUCGAUCUGGACCAAGGACGUGGCCGUCGGGGAGGAGCUCUGUGGCCACGUCGAGGCCGGGACCGUGUUUGUCAAUCGUGCGGACUUUCCCAGUCCGGACCUCGCGUGGACCGGGUGGAAGGAUUCAGGCAAGGGCGUCACGUUGAGUCGCGUGGGGUUUGAGCAGUUUGUCAAGGUCAAGAGUUAUCAUGUCAAGCAGUAUCCGAGGUGA